GUCCAUAUAGUUGCCUGAGAUAUUGCAGCAAGUCAGUCUUCUGGAAGUGUGUCAAGCGGUUUCGUGUUAUUUUUUUGUAGUCUACACAGCCCAGAGGAAUGAUAAUUGCUGGUGUUUUCUCACUUGCAUUGAGUUUCCUCAUGUAGCUAAACGCUCGUGUACAGGAUUAUUUGCUCAAGCGUGAUUAGAAACCCAUUUUAUUCCACAGCCCUCGUAUCUUUAAAACGGAAUUCUUGAAAUGGAGUGCCGUGUGUUGUCUGUUCAGAGUCAUGUUGUCAGGGGAUACGUCGGGAAUAAAUCGGCAACAUUCCCAUUGCAGGUAAGAAAUUAAUAUUUGUACGCUGCUUGCAGGGGGUUUGCAAUGUAUGCACGUUUGACAGCUCUGCUCGACUAGCCUGGCUACUAAAGAUGCUGAGAAAGGGGAGAGAGUACAGCCAAGGGUUUGGAGGGAUUCGCAAAAUUGGUCAGAUUAGCAGAAUUUAGUCACAGAAUUAACAGAAAUGCUCAAAAUAGUAAUGCAGAAUAACAGAGGAUACAGUGUACACAACCUGUUCAUUCAGACAUAAUGAAUGAAUCAAUGCAGUGAGUUUUUAUGAUGUUGACCUCAAAUGAUUGUGUGUGUUCAUGAAGAAAGAUGGCAUACGCCCACAAAAGUGAAGCAUUGUUAUGAGCUGCUUCUCUCCUCUCAGGUGCUGGGGUUUGAAGUGGACUCCAUCAACUCGGUGCAAUUCUCCAAUCACACAGGUAUGUAGGCCUACAGUGCAGUAAUUCCAUGCUCUAAUAUAACAUUUUACAAAAACAAUUGGCAACAAUAGGCUACUUAUAUAAAAGCACACCAGAAGAAAAUCAAAUCAAGAAUCAAAUCAAAUCCUAUCUCUGGUUGUAAAAUGUAUGUCUUUGGAUCCUUUUUGUCCCAUAUCAGUAGCCAAUAUCGUCUUGGCCCAUCCCCAUCUCGGCCCACAUUCAAGAUUUCAGUGAAUGUGUUUAGUAAGCACAGUGUGUAGCCUAGCUAUAGUGGUCUGUAACACUAGUCUCACCCUCUACUUUUUGUGGAGCUCUUUUUUUAACCUCUCCUCCCCCAAGCUCAAGUGUCCCACUUCCACUCAGAGAAGAAGAAUUGAGACUUUGUGCUUAUCCCAAAUUAGUUUUUGGCUCUAACUUGUUCGAUUCAUUAACCCACUGUCUCCCAAAACACUUUUUCUAAUGUUAGGUCAUAAAAUACUGAAAGUUUCGGAGUGAAUGAUGAUACAAUGAUCUCAUACAUUACAUGAAAUCCAAGUUCUCUGUAAGGUGUUGGAGAUAGGCCUACAGGUAACGAUUGAUAGUCCAUCUAUUACAUUUAACUGUACAGAAAGAAGGGGGAUACUGAACUGUUAAGUAAUGGGUUCGUAGAGUGCAUGCCAUUCAUUCAGAGAUUGAACACUGGGAUGGUUGUUUUUUUACUUCUAGUAGGCUGCAGUAGCUAUGUUAGCUCAUGCUUGACCUUUCAGUAUGGGGGUUGGCAGUGGACAAAAUAGUCUGCCAUGAAUCUUUUGAUGGUGAGAAGUUAAGAUCAAUGUCAAGUUAUGCCUACAGAUCUCAGCCCAAUCUACAGUGGAGCUCUGUUUUUCCUUUACUUUUCCCCUUCACCCCCACAGUCCCCCUUCUCUCUCUGAUCUUGGGUCUAGGCCAAGGGGGCCUCUCCUAAACUCAGUGGGAAACCUGUAUGGCCUGGUUGGAAAUGUAUUCCCCUCAUUCAUUCUUGAUCCUGGAAAGUCUCUUCAUGAUUUAACAUAUAAGCUAGCUUUGUUAUCUGACUUACAGGAAAGUACAGUGGAGUUAAUAUCUGACUUGAUAGCGUAGUUUAAAGAAGUUCAGUGAGUUGCUCUCCUGUCUGUUAGUGUUAAGUGAAACCAGAAUGUGUGUCAGUGAGUUCACUACCUACAGGGAAGUCUAACCGAGAGCUGGUGGGGAGGACAAGGAAGGAGUGAAUGUAGAGAGGGGAGAGAUACGGUGGGAAAAAAGCAGACAGACAUUUUGUAGCCUGAAAACUUCACUCUGGCCUCAAUAAGGUCUGUGCCUGUACAUAGAGUUUUUGUUCAAAUCAUUAAUUGCCAUCAACAAAUGAUGUAUGUGAUGGUUAAAGUGCAGCCUUUCCUUGGAGUUUAGCCCACUGUGCCCCCUCCCUAUCAUGUUACUGGCCAACUGUUUGAGUGCUAGCCCAUGCUCAUGACCUACUAUAAUUUCCCUUGAAUGUGUUCAACUGAUGUUCAGGGUUAAAGUGAAUAAACACAUUCCUUAUAUGUUUGAGCUCUUAAACCCAAGACUGUAUUCUUUCUUCCCCUGCAGGUGGUUUAUUGGAAUAUGUUUAGAGAUUAGAAUCGUUGCUAGGCCUGUUUCUUGCUCAGUUGUGAAUGGCUUUUAUUUUAUUUUUCUAUGAGCUGCUAUGUCCUCAGCCCAAUGUCAGAGAUACAAAUGCUAGAGGAAUGAUUGAUGCAGGUAACUGAAUUCUAACAAUGGAGAUUGUAAUCAGUCUUCCUCUGUCAGAAUGUUUGGUUGUCUCUCAGCCUCUUCGUCUCUCCCAACAAUCUCCCAAAUCCACACUCUGAUUAACUGCUUGACAACUUCUACUUCACAUUUCCGACUGCUGGUCAUAAGAACAACACAGCUAGACUAUAUAAAGAUUUGAAUGGCUACAGAUAAGAGUUUCUGUAUCCCAAUUUGCCCAGGUUAAAAAUAAUAGAGGCCAACCGAUAUAUUGGCCUUUUACCACUAUAAAUAGGAUGGGGAAAAAAGGACUCUCAUGCUUAUCUGAACACUUGAGGCCAUUCUCAUGAUGUCAUUAUUGUCAUAAUGUAUGAAAUCAACAUUUGAAGCAUAGUUAUUGGACAAUUGCUCUUUUGGAUGGCAAUUUAUGAGAAUUCAGUUUGGGAAAAUGACACUUUUUUAAUUUCCCCGCUGUAAAACAGCAUAUCGGCAGAUACAGUGCAUUCGGAAAGUAUUCAGACCUUGACUUUUUCCACAUUUUGUUAUGUUACAGCCUUAUUCUAAAAUUGAUUUAAUCGUUUUUUCCCCUCAUCAAUCUACACACAAUACCCCAUAAUGACAAAGCAAAAACAGGUUUUUAGAAAUGUUUGCAAAUGUAUAAAAUAAAAAAAACAGAUCACAUUUACAUAAGUAUUCAGACCCUUUACUCAGUACUUUGUUGAAGCACCUUUGGCAGCGAUUACAGCUUCGAGUCUUCUUGUGUAUCACGCUACAAGCUUGGCACACCUGUAUUUGGUAAAUGUAAAAAAAAUAUUUGGGGAGUUUCUCUCAUUCUUCUCUGCAGAUCCUCUCAAGCUCUGUCAGGUUGGAUGGGGAGCGUCACUGCACAGCUAUUUUCAGGUCUCUCCAGAGAUGUUAGAUCGGGUUCAAGUCUGGGCUCUGGCUGGGCCAUUCAAGGACAUUCAAAGACUUGUCCUGAAGCCACUCCUGCAUUGUUUUGCCUGUGUGCUUAGGGUUGUUGUCCUGUUGGAAGGUGAACCUUUGCCCCAGUCUGAGGUCAUGAGCGCUCUGGAGCAGGUUUUCAUCAAGGAUCUCUCUGUACUUUGCUCCGUUCAUCUUUCCCUCGAUCCUGACUAGUCUCCCAGUCCCUGCCGCUGAAAAACAUCCCCACAGCAUGAUGCUGCCACUGCCAUGCUUCACUGUAGGGAUGGUGCCAGGUUUCCUCCAGACGUGACACUUGGCAUUCAGGCCAAAGAGUUCAAUCUUGGUUUCAUCAAACCAGAGAAUCUUGUUUCUCAUGGUCUGAGUGUCCUUCAGGUGCCUUUUGGCAAACUCCAAGUGGGCUGUUAUGUGCCUUUUACUGAGGAGUGGCUUCCGUCUGGUCACUCUACCAUAAAGGCCUGAUUGGUGGAGUGCUGCAGAGAUGGUUGUCUUCUGGAAGGUUCUCUCAUCUCCACAGAGGAACUCUGGAGCUCUGUCAGAGUGACCAUUGGGUUCUUGGUCACCUCCCUGACCAAGGCCCUUCUCCCCCGAUUGCUCAGUUUGGCAGCUCUAGGAAGAGUCUUGGUGGUUCCAAACUUCUUCCAUUUAAGAAUGAUGGAGGCCACUGUGUUUUUGGGGACCUUCAAUGCUGCAGAUUUUUUGGUACCCUUCCCCAGAUCUGUGCCUCAACACAAUCCUGUCUCAUAGCUCUACGGACAAUUCCUUCGACCUCAUGGCUUGGUUUUUGCUCAGACAUGCACUGUCAACUCUGGGACCUUAUUUAGACAGGUGUGUGCCUUUCCAAAUCAUGUCCAAUCAAUUGAAUUUACCACAGGUGGACUCCAAGUUUUAGAAACAUCUCAAGGAUGAUCGAUGGAAACAGGAUGCACCUGAGUUCAAUUUCCAGUCUCAUAGCAAAGGGUCUGAUUACUUUUAAUUUUUUAUAAAUGUGCAAAUUUUUAUAAAAACCUGUUUUCGCUUUGUCAUUAUGGGGUAUUGUGUGUAGAUUGAUGAGGAAAAUAAUUAAUUUAAUCCAUUUUAGAACAUGGCUGUAACGUAACAAAAUGUGGAAAAGGGGAAGGGGUCUGAAUACUUUCCGAAUGCACUUUAUGUUGGUAUCGGUAAGUUUUGUCCCACAAAAAAACGGAAUUGGACCCUAAAAAACAUAUCACUAAGGCUCUAAAAAAAACAUGGAAAUCUCUGCGCAUGUGCAGGAUUUUUAUUUUUUUUACGUAGGUGAGUGCCCACUCCACUGCCUACGUAGCUGCUGUGCUGUGUGCUCCGCUGCCGCUUCCCCCUCCUUGAUCGCCUAUGUCUGGUCAAUGGUGUAGCCUACAAACUUCAUGUUGUAAACAAAACUAAUGUGUGCGUAAAAUAACACAUGCGCAGAACAUGAUCUGGAUCCUUAGCUUUAAGAAAGAGGUUUCUGGAGGGGGGGCCUGGGUGAAAACGAUGUAUCCGUAGCCAUGGCCUAUAAUGAUUGAUGACUGGGAGAUCAGUGUUUCUAUAAUCACCUUAGCAACCAAGUCUGCCUCUGGAAUUCCUUCAAAGAACCCAGUCUGGUGAAUUUACCAGUCCACAUUCUCCCUCCAUAAACAAUAGCCCCCCCCUGUUGUUUGAACUUUUCAUUCAGGGUAUUGGCAGGCACUUGCAGACUUAUCAAUCUGUUGAGUGAAGUCUUAAGGUGUUCCGUUACCUCUGACCAUUGACAUCUCUUGUUUCCAAGGUUACUCUCAUUGGAAAGGGCAAGUGCUGACGGCAGAUGAACUGAACGUUCUCUAUGAGGGUAUCAAACUCAAUAACGUCAACCGUUAUGACUACGUCCUCACAGGUGAGAAAGCUGUUUCCAUUGUCAAUAUGGAUUCUGCCAUUUAAGCAGUUUUAUAACAUUUACAUAAUAUUAUGUAGGAGUAUUAUGGCUGUGUUGACCUUUAACCUAAUGAUCUGUAAAAAUUCUAAUAAGUUCGUUUUCUGUAAUGUUUACACAUGAGGUAUGUGACCUUUGCAUAACCCAUAGAUCUUCUCUUCCCCAAGGGUACACCAGGGACACAUCUUUCCUAGAGACGGUGGUGGACAUUGUUCAGGAGCUGAAGAGGUUGAACCCAAAACUGGUAUAUGGUGAGUAGCCAUUGCUACACAGAUGUGUAUUCCAUAUAGCUGCAUACAGUAAGGUUUGGGAUGAAUGUAGAGCUUGGAUGUGAGUGUGUUCUUAUAUAUUUGCUUUGUGUUAUCAGUGUGUGAUCCAGUGAUGGGAGACCAAGGCACUAUGGUAAGUAUACCAUGCUUAUAGUCAUUUUAUUAUAAUAUUUUUUAUCCAUGCUUAUUAUAGUAAUUUUCUAUUAUUAUUAUUAUUAUUAUUAUUAUUAUUAUUAUUAUUAUUAUUAUUAUAUAGUCCUGUUUUUCUUCAAACAUGUUCAAACCACUAAUAUGUGCACUCAUGAACCUAAUACCCUCUUUUCCAGUAUGUCCCUGAGAAUAUACUGCCUGUUUACAGAGACAAAGUCGUAGCAGUGGCUGACAUCCUCACACCCAACCAGUUUGAGGCAGAGUGAGUACAGUUGCUACUAGGAUACAUUGGGUUGCAUUUAUUAAGUUGCUAUGUCCAUGUGCUGCACAACAUGCCAUAAUGUACAGUUGAAGUCGGAAGUUUACAUACACUUAGGUUGGAGUCAUUAAAACUUGUUUUUCAACCACUCCACACAUUUUUACAACAAUUGUUACAGACAGAUUAUUUCACUUAUAAUUCACUGUAUCACAAUUCCAGUGGGUCAGAAGUUUACAUCCACUAAGUUGAAUGUGCCUUUAAACAGCUUGGAAAAUUCCAGAAAAUUAUGUCAUGGCUUUAGAAGCUUCUGAUAGGCUAAUUGACAUCACUUGAGUCAAUUGGAGGUGUACCUGUGGAUAUAUUUUAACUCAGUGCCUCUUUGCUUGACAUCAUGGGAAAAUCAAAAGAAAUCAGCCAAGACCUCAGAAAAAAGAUUGUAGACCUCCACAAGUCUGGUUCAUCCUUGGGAGCAAUUUCCAAACGCCUGAAGGUACCACGUUCAUCUUUACAAACAAUAGUACGCAAGUAUAAACACCAUGGGACCACGCAGCCGUCAUACCGCUCAGGAAGGAGACGCGUUCUGUCUCCUAGAGAUGAACGAACUUUGGUGCGAAAAGUGCAAAUCAAACCCAGAACAACAGCAAAGGACCUUUUGAAGAUGCUGGAGGAAACAGGUACAAAAGUAUCUAUAUCCACAGUAAAACUAGUCCUAUAUCGUCGACAUAACCUGAAAGGCCGCUCAGCAAGGAAGAAGCCACUGCUCCAAAACCGCCAUAAAAAAGCCAGACUACGGUUUACAACUGCACAUGGGGACAAAGAUCGUACUUUUUGGAGAAAUGUCCUCUGGUCUGAUGAGGAAAAAAAAUAGAACUGUUUGGCCAUAAUGACCAUCGUUAUGUUUCGAGGAAAAAGGGGGUUGCUUGCAAGCCGAAGAACACCAUCCCAACUGUGAAGGACAGGGGUGGCAGCAUCAUGCUGUGGGGGUGCUUUGCUGCAGGAGGGACUGGUGUACUUCACAAAAUAGAUGGCAUCAUGAGGAAGGAAAAUAAUGUGGAUAUAUUGAAGCAACAUCUCAAGACAUCAGUCAGGAAGUUAAAGCUUGGUCGCAAAUUGGUCUUCCAAAUGGACAAUGACCCCAAGCAUUCUUCCAAUGUUGUGGCAAAAUGACUUAAGGACAUCAAAGUCAAGGUUUUGGAGUGGCCAUCACAAAGCCCUGACCUCAAUCCUAUAGAACAUUUGUGGGCAGAACUGAAAAAGAGUGUGCGAGCAAGGAGGCCUACAAACCUGACUCAGUUACACCAGCUCUGUCAGGAGGAAAGGGCCAAAAUUCACCCAACUUAUUGUGGGAAGCUUGUGGAAGGCUACCCGAAACGUUUGACCCAAGUUAAACAAUUUAAAGGCAAUGCUACCAAAUACUAAUUGAGUGUAUGUAAACUUCUGACCCACUGGGAAUGUGAUGAAAGAAAUAAAAGCUGAAAUAAAUCAUUCUCUCUACAAUUAUUCUGACAUUUCACAUUCUUAAAAUAAAGUGGUGAUCCUAAGACCUAAGGGAAUUUUUACUAGGAUUAAAUGUCAGGAAUUGUGAAAAACUGAGUUUAAAUGUAUUUGGCUGAAGUGUAUGUAAACUUCCGACUUCAACUGUAGCUAUCACAGUAACGAGAGAAUGAAUGCUUACUACAAUAUUACUACCCAAUAAAAAAAUGGUUGCUGUUCUUAGCCCUUUGUAGAAUAACCCUUAUUGGACAAAAACCAUUUGUUCCCUUAUGUUUUAUUCGUAAAGCAACAGACCAAACCUUUCCCCAGCCCUUUAAGUGAACACUGUGCCCUGGUUUAUGCAUUCGUCAUUACACGUGGCUUGACUUGAUUUGCCCUGCACACGAGUUCACCUUCUGGACAAAUGUAAAAUAGCAUUGGCUAAAAGAAAAGGCCAGUUUUACACAGAGCAUUUUGAUGUGUGUAUGUGUGCAAUUAUGUAUUGAACCUCUCUGUGCUUGUACUGUGUGUAUAACCUCUCAGAAUGUGUUUCUUAGGCUGCUGACGGGGAGGAAGAUCAGCACAGAAAAAGAUGCUCUUGAGGUGGGUUCCAUUGUCCACCACUUAAAUCUUGUAGAGCUAAUACACAUUAUGAUGAUGGUUGUAAUGGUCAGGAUGAUGAUGGUGGUGGUGGUGAUGAUGAUGGUUUUAAUCUUGACUGAUGAUGGUGAAGGCUCCUUGCUCUCGCAGGUGAUGGACCUGCUCCACCAGAUGGGCCCUGAUACGGUAGUCCUCACCAGCACAGAUCUGAUCUCUCCUCAUGGGGACCAGUUGCUAGUGGCCCUCGGAAGCCAGAAGAUGGGUAAGGCAAGGGCCGGAAGGAAGGGCUCUGACUGGUAAAGAAAUGUGUCCCUUUAGGUUCUGGGUAGUGCAUGUGGAAAGUUUAACUUGACAACAUGUUAAAAGGUAACAGACAUACUCACACUGUGUCCUUUCUUCAGUGAGACCAGAUGGGACUAAGUCCACCCAGAAGAUUCGGCUGGAGAUGCCCAAGGUGGAUGCAGUGUUUGUGGGAACGGGAGACCUGUUCGCUGCCAUGCUGCUGGCCUGGACCCACCACCACCCCAAAGACCUGAAGGUCAGUAAUACAGGGGACUGGGGAGAUAACAACCAAGCUACAUAAUCAUUUACUAAUGUAAUAAAUGUGGUUUGAUUUAUGGAUGAACAAGUCUAUCUUUUCAUAUCUACUUUGUCAUCUCUUUUAGGCUGCCUGUGAGAAGACUGUCUCUGUCCUGCACCAUGUUAUCAAGAGGACCAUUACCUAUGCCAACAGUGAGAUGAUAUAGAAGUCUCUGCCUGCCUGUCUGUAUGCCUGUCUAAUUUAUAUUCCAGUCUUUCUAACAUCUCUCCUCUUCUCCAUCAGAGAUGGCCGGCCCCGGUAAGAGACCCAGCCCUGCUCAGUUGGAGCUGAGGAUGGUCCAGAGCAAAAAAGACAUUGAGGACCCGGCCAUCGUAGUGGAGGCCACCGUCUUAUAA